CAGUGAUCUCUACAGCUCCACUCUCUUCUCUUCUCCAUUGCAGAUCUAGGUUCAAGAGGAAGAACAAGGCAUGAUUCUAACCCACUCAGAGAAAUCGGUCCAUCAUCCCGGCGGUGAUUCCGUGUUUCUUCAUUGGCGACCACCGUAUAUACAUUAUCCAUUUGUUGAUCACGUCUUGUUCUGUCCUCAGAUCUUCAGCAAGACUUGGUGUGGCUAUUGCAAGAGCGUGAAGAAACUGUUCUCCGAGCUUAAUGUGUCCUACAAGGUUAUCGAACUAGAUGAAGAAAGUGAUGGAGGUGAAAUCCAAUCCACUCUAAAGGAGUGGACCGGUCAGAGUAUUGUUCCUAAUGUAUUCAUAGGUGGGAAGCACAUUGGUGGCUCGGAUGCUAUUAUGGAGAAGCAUCGAGCUGGGAAGCUGGUGCCGUUGCUAACCGAAGCAGGUGCCAUUGCGAAUGCCUCUGCACAGCUCUGAAGAUUGGUGUCAUGAAUAAGAUGAUUAAGUUGGAUGAG